AUGGCCUACCACAAGCGUCCUACGUCCAGCUAUCAGCCUUGCGAAACUUUCUUUGUGGAAUCGUACGAGGACUUCCCCGCGCCCCGUAUGGAUCCAAAGGAGCACGCGAAAUUGAUUGCUCGCGAGCGCCAGUAUGCCAUUGCGGAUGAGCUGUCCAAAGUUGCCAGCGAUGAGUUCCGUGAUGAUAUUCUGUCUCACAUGCUGGACAUGGAUGCAUCUACCCUCCCUGAUGUUGAAUCGAUCGAUAUCCAAACGGAGAUUCAGUGGUUUAUGCGCCCUUACUUGCUCGACUUCUUAAUCGAAGCCCACACUGCCUUCCAGCUGUUACCAUCGACCCUCUUUUUGACAAUCAAUCUCCUCGAUAGAUACUGCUCAAAGCGUGUGGUCUACAAGAGGCAUUAUCAACUGGUUGGGUGUGCGGCCUUGCUUAUCGCAGCAAAAUAUGGUGACAAGAAGGAUCGCGUGCCCACCAUCAAGGAACUGAAAUCUAUGUGUUGCUCCCUGUAUGAUGACGACAUGUUCACACAGAUGGAGUGGCAUGUCCUGCAGACUUUGGGUUGGACGAUUGGACACCCAACUGUGGACAGCUUCCUUCAGAUGGCUGUCAUAGACACAUCAUACGACCCCGAGGUCGAACACAUGGCAUUGUACAUCUCGGAGAUUUCUCUAUUUCACAGAGAGUUUGUGUCCAAACCAUCCUCUGAUCUUGCUAGAGCUUCAUUAGCUCUUGCGCGGUGUAUCCUUAACAGACCACAGCCACGCCACACCGAGUGGGCUUCACAAUAUGAUUCGAUGACGUUGGUGGGCUUGUCUCAGCAGCUUCAUCAGCCUUCUCAAAUUUUGUUCCGGAAGUAUUCGUCGGCUCAUUUCUCCAGGGUAUCGAAGAUUCUAGAGCAGUUCCUGGCUCGUCAAGCCUCGGCCGCUAGUUACACCCCAGCAAGUCCACCCUCAGACGUCAACGUCGAGUCCAAACCAUACGACGGUGAGAUUGGACUUGCUACUCCGCAGAAGGCUCCCCAUCCGUCGAACAUGCCACACGGUUAUAUCACGCCGCCAAUCACACCCGAAAACGAUGCCUUUGUCAAUGGGGGGAACACUACCUUCGUGAAAGGGGUCUCAGGGACGAGCGCUUGCUCUCCCUCCCCUACGCCACCACCGAGCAUGCAAUAUGUGGACUCUCGUGUAUAUCAGGAGGCCACGUUCACCCAGGGGCAGCAAUUCCUUCAACCACAAAUGUCAUUCACCACUAGCUACUGA